CCUCAUUGUCUCUGUAGAUAUAAAUACAUAGAUUUUUCAGUCUUAGUGGUUUCAUCCGGAAAUUCAAUUAAAUUUUACAUUGCUUUCUCGUCAUGUGUGUAGUUUUACAAAGUAAUAUGCCGGAAGAGAUGAAAUCAUUUGCAGUUUGGCUAGUUCGAGGAGCGUUCGCAGAUUAUCCUAACAUUGAAGAGAGAACAAAACAUAUUGAGGAUAAAUUCACUAAAAAGACACGUGAACAGAGUGUCGAUCCCAGCUAUUACAGAUGUGUCAUCCCGAAAAAAUCAUCCGAUUUGUACAAAUAUCUAUUGGAAUUGAAACCAGUGGAAAAUCAUUUAAUGAUAACCAUGAUGUUGGAAGAUCGUGUUGUGUUUGUGGGAGAUGUAAGAAUCGUUUUACCCUCCGAAUGAACCGUAAUUUUUCACAUGAUUAUACUUGUAAUUUAAACAGAAUAAAACUACAUUUGUGUGUUU